GUAUGAAUAUUUCAGCAAACUGCCUCUUCAGUGGUUCCUCCUUAGCAUCUGAUGUGCAUGCUGCUGCUGUUAAUGGAGAUAAGAGUACCCUCCAAAAGCUAAUAGCAGUUUUCUCCCAUCUGUAGCUUGAUGGAGCCUGUGUGACUGUAUACAAACAUGUAUGUUCUAUUUGGAUAUAAUUAUGAGUAUGGAUGAAUAUUAAAGGAACAGGUGCUUGAAAUAAUACAGGGUGUUCCGGAUACUGUGUUCCUUUUGACAUCCUGUGCCAGAAAGAGGCACAGGCAGAAUCAAAGGUAAGCAGAAAAUUUAGUAUGAGAAAGGGGACUUUGGAACAAAGUAUCUCUGUAUGUUAACCACUGCUGGUGCUAAAUUGCAGGACUUUCUAAACAGCCUAUGGGUUAAAUGCUGUAAAGUACAGUACAUGCCAAGUGUUAAUUGUAUAACCAAUAUUCUAACAAAAGUGUGCUAAUUGUUUGCAUUGCAUAAGUUAUCUCGUACUGUAUCACAUUGUUUUAGAAUUGUAUGUUCUUAGGCUUUGGGGAAUGCUUACAGCAUUUUCUUUCCUAUGUUUUAUACAACACCAAACAUGUCUUUAAUUAACAGUUCUUCAGUAUUAAAACCCAUCUGUGUGAUUUUAAUCCUAGGCAAAAAGAGAGCAAAAGUUAAUUUUGUGUUUGAAGGAUCAUUUUGCAUUUGACAGUUUUAUGUAGAGUUUUGGGAAGAUGCCUCUAAUUGUUUUAAUUGUUUAUAAGAACACAAUUAUGUUUAUAAUAGUCAUUAUACUGAAGUGUUUGUUCAGUCCAGCUCCUCAUUCUGAAACCCUUAUCAUGCAUUGCUUGCACACAAAUGCUUCUAAAUCUCUGAUGUGGUGUUUCAUUGUAAAUGUUAACUAAAUUAUGGGUUACAAAUAUGCAGUUGCAUACUAUUGUUUGAUUCUCCUUUCUGCUUCUCUCUUCCCUGUUCUGCGAUGUGGGAGGUUGAAUAAAACUCAAAUCAGAUAUUGCAGACAGCAAGAUUCUUGCAAGUAACCAGAGGUGGUCUGUCUUUUAAUAAUUAGGCACAAUUCAUAUCAUCCUGCUGCCCUUUCUCUGAUAUGAUUGCUCACAUAGAGUGUGAGAAAGUGAUGAGGAAACUCUGAGCUGAAAGAUAAAGAGGACCAAUUUGGAAGAACUCCUCUUAUGUACUGUGUCUUGGCUGACAGGCUGGACUGUGCAGAGGCAUUGCUGAAGGCUGGAGCCGAUGUUAAUAGAGCUGAUCGUAGCCGAAGAACUGCUCUCCAUCUUGCUGCACAAAAGGGAAAUUACCGCUUCAUGAAGCUUUUACUGGCUCGUAGAGGGAACUGGAUGCAGAAGGACUUGGAGGAUAUGACACCAUUACAUUUAACUACACGUCACAAAAGCCCAAAAUGUUUAGCUUUGUUGUUAAAGCAUAUGGCACCUGGAGAAGUGGAUACUCAGGAUAGAAAUAAGCAAACUGCAUUGCAUUGGAGUGCCUACUACAAUAACCCAGAGCAUGUGAAACUUCUCAUAAAACAUGAUUCAAAUAUUGGAAUCCCUGAUAUUGAAGGAAAAAUCCCACUUCACUGGGCAGCUAACAACAAGGACCCUAGUGCAAUUCACACAGUGAAAUGUAUUCUGGAAGCUGCACCUACAGAAUCUCUGCUUAACUGGCAAGACUAUGAAGGACGAACUCCCCUUCAUUUUGCUGUUGCAGAUGGGAAUGUAGCAGUUGUCGAUGUCCUGACCUCCUACGAAGGCUGCAAUGUAACAUCUUAUGACAACUUGUUUCGAACUCCCCUUCACUGGGCAGCCUUACUUGGUCAUGCACAGAUUGUCCAUCUCUUAUUAGAAAGAAAUAAGUUUGGAACCAUCCCAUCUGAUAGUCAAGGUGCAACACCCCUACAUUAUGCAGCGCAGAGCAACUUUGCUGAAACAGUUGAAGUAUUUUUGAAACAUCCUUCUGUAAAAGAUGACUCAGAUCUUGAGGGAAGAACAUCCUUCAUGUGGGCAGCUGGCAAAGGCAGUGAUGAUGUUAUUAGGACUAUGCUGACUUUAAAAUUGGAUAUUGAUAUCAAUAUGACAGACAAAUACGCUGGCACAGCCUUACACGCCGCUGCCCUUUCUGGCCAUGUCAGCACAGUGAAAUUGCUGUUGGAGCACAAGGCACAGGUAGAUGCUCUGGAUGUCAUGAAGCAUACCCCGCUUUUCCGAGCCUGUGAGAUGGGACACAAAGAAGUGAUACAAACACUCAUUAAAGGAGGGGCAAGAGUAGAUUUGGUUGACCAAGAUGGCCAUUCACCUCUUCACUGGGCAGCCCUGGGAGGAAAUGCUGACGUGUGCCAAAUCUUGAUAGAAAAUAAAAUCAACCCUAAUGUGCAGGAUUAUGCAGGUAGAACACCUCUGCAGUGUGCUGCUUAUGGAGGUUACAUUAACUGCAUGGUAGUGUUACUGGAAAACAAUGCAGAUCCAAAUAUCCAGGAUAAAGAGGGAAGAACUGCCUUGCACUGGCUCUGUAACAAUGGCUACCUUGAUGCUAUAAAGUUGCUGCUCGGUUUUGAUGCCUUUCCUAACCAUAUGGAGAACAGUGAGGAGAGGUAUACUCCACUUGAUUAUGCCUUGCUUGGGGAACACCAUGAAGUGAUUCAGUUCAUGUUAGAGCAUGGGGCUCUGUCUAUAGCUGCCAUUCAGGAUAUUGCUGCUUUCAAAAUCCAGGCUGUCUACAAAGGAUACAAAGUUAGAAAGGCUUUUCAAGAGAGGAAGAAUCUCCUAAUGAAACAUGAACAGCUGAGGAAAGAUGCUGCUGCCAAGAAACGGGAAGAGGAAAGUAAGAGAAAAGAAGCCAAGCUACAGAAAGGGGUGCAGAACGUGGAACAAAGCAAGUUUCGAGUACAACAGAGUCCUGCAAAUCGAGAGAAGGCCACCAGUGUCCCACAGUUACCCAAUAAACCAUCUGAUACACAGAGUAAGAGACUUCUGCCCCUCAACGCUUCACAAAUUCAACCAGGGAGAAACAGCAGAGGUUCACCUAAAGCUUGUCACAGCAAAGGGACCUCAAAGGAGAGUUGCUUACCAGUGGAGCCUCAGAGUGAAGGUCAUAAAAUCAGCCAAGAUUCAUCGAGGAAACAUAUCAAAAGCAAGUCAAGUUGUGUCCAUUUCCAUUGUGACAAAGCAAAAGAGGGAACGAAAGUUGAAGUGAAACAUCAGGUUGCAGCUGCUACAGAACUGAAUGGAGAAAAGCACAAGGAGCACACUGUUGAUGCCACAGUGCCCCGGAGGAGCAGAAGGCUUACUACUUCUACUUGUAGGACUGCUAGUGUUGGGGAAAAAUUAAGGGAUCCAAGUCAGCCUUCAUCUGGCAAGAGGGACCAUUGUGAGGGAACGGCUCCAUUCUUCUGUGAUGUCAGUUGUGCUGGUGGGGCUGUGAGAAACUCAAAACAGUGUGAAGCUUCUUCCAAAAGCAAAAGACAUCGGGAAAAGUCCAGAAGUAAAGAGGUAAAUGAUAAGCGAUGUUCACCAGCUGGUUCUAGUAGACCAGGAAGUGCCAAAACAGUAUUUGUAAACAGCAGAAAUGACAGCAUACAUGCUGUGGAACGAACUGACAAAGUGGAAAAUAAUGAAUUAGCAAAAAAGGCUUCCCCAUUAUUGUGUGCUGGGGCAGAACCUACCGGAACUGUGCCAAGAAACCCAGUAGCGUGUUCUGCUCCUGCUGACAGUUUAAACUUGGAAAAAACAGAUGUAAUUGGAUCCAGGAACACAGAUGAUCAAUUAUGUUCUGUCACAUGGCAAAGUACAAAUAUUGAACUAAUCCCUUUAGAGAUUCGAAUGCAGAUCAUAGAAAAAGAAAGAAAAAGAAAAGAGCUAUUUCGAAAGAAGAACUAUGCUGCUACAGUCAUACAGAGGUCAUGGAGAAGUUACCAACUAAGACAGGAGUUGUUUCAGCUCCUUAGUGCUAAGCGGCAGUGCAAGGAAGAUGAAGACAAAUGGAGACAAGAGACAGCUGCCUUCUUCAUUCAGGUUGCUUGGAAGAAACAGCUGAACCAUGGCCUUCUGAAAUCAGUUCCUUCAUGUAAAAAUCUGAAAUCUGUAAACAAAACCAGCUCAGCCAUAAAAACCAGCAAGCAGUCUAUCCUAAAGCAGAUAUAUGGGCGUUCUCAGGAAGGCAAAGUGUGUCAGUCAACAAGAUCUCCUUCUAAGCUGAAAUUUUCUGAUGUGCAGCUGGUCUCAGUAAACAACCUACAGUGUGUUAAUUUGCUGGAGAACAUGGGAAAAUCAAAACAAUUUUCAUACAACAUGAGACCAACCACUGCAGCAAAAUCAAAAAAUACAAGACUCAAGCACUAAGCAAAACCAAAUGUUUGGAAUUUAAAAUCCAUUCCAGUACAAUUGUUAUCUUUCAUAAUGUAUAAGCCAUCUAUGACAUAUGAAACUUGAACACAUUUUCAAUUUUGUAUUAUCUCAGUAUUACAUGCCAAGCAGACUUCUAAGGAGUUGGAGUAAUUUUGUGUACAAAUUAGUUUUUAAAUGCAACUGUUAAUUUCUUUACCAACACAGGAUGAAAUCUGAAUUGCAUUUGGAAAGAGAAAAUGAAGCACUAAGCCCAGCAUUACAAUAAUCUUGCAGGGGCAACCAAAGCUUUCCAUUGUAAAAAAAUAGGAAUGUUAAUUGUGUUCAAACACAGUUUGGAAAGAGAAGGAAAAUGUACUAAAGCUCUAGCAGUUCUGAAAGACUGCUGUAUUACUUCACCUCCAAUUUAUUACAUUAAUUUCAAAAUCCAAACAGGAAUGGAAGAACAGCCUUCAUGCUCCACUUCUGUACUAAAGAAACAAUUGUUUUUAGCUAACUAUGGAUUUGGAGGGAAAAGCAGAGAUGUUGACAUAAAACACUGAGUAAAUAAAUUGCUUUCACAACCUAUGAAAACUAUUAGAGGUGCAUUUUCUACUCUUUAAGAUUAUCACCAAUUUUUUUAAUAACUAUUUUUCUACAUGCAUGAAAAGAAUUUCUACAGAAAGCAAAAAAAAAAAAAAAAAAGGAUCCUGUUCUAGGAAAAAAAAAAUAGUUCUUUUAAUAGUUUUGCAGCUGCCA